UUGAAUACAUGAGUCUGGUGUUAAAAGGUCCAUUAGCAGAAAAUAAAUCAUUAACUUCGUGGUUAAUCAACUUACUUUCCAUAAGUCACCAGCUUUCUCAAAAGAUUACCCUUCUUUCAUUGGUUCGCUAAUUUAUGUUUCCUAAAUCAACAUGGGCGCAGGGAUUAGGCUACUGGCUUUGUUUGUUUUGUGCAGUAAUUCUGCCUACUCACUAGGACUGAUAGCUCAGGAUAAAUACUGGACCUUGAGACUUGCUGGGUCCAGAACCAACCCUGGUUUUCUUACCUGAGCAACUGAGGUGAACAGUAGACAGCCUUCAAUUUGAUUGAACAGUCAUCUUCAAUUCUUUCUAGCUACACAGCAAAAGAAAUCUAUUCAACUGAUCACAUACUAAAAACCUGCUCUGCCCUGAAGUUAAUCACUGUCAUCAAAAUGUUUUGUGGAGACUAUGUGCAGGGAACCAUUGUCCCAGCUCCCAAUUUCAACCCCAUGCUGGAUGCCCAAAUGCUGGGGGGAGCGCUCCAGGGAUUUGGCUGUGACAAGGACCUGCUGAUUGACAUCCUGACCCAGCGCUGCAACGCCCAGAGGCUAGUGAUCGCUGAGGCCUACCAGGGCGCCUUCUGCCGGGACCUGGUCAGUGACCUGAAGGAGAAGCUUUCAGAUCACUUCAAAGAUGUCAUGGUUGGCCUCAUGUACCCGCCGCCUUCGUACGACGCUCACGAGCUCUGGCACGCCAUGAAGGGAGCAGGCACUGAUGAGAACUGCCUCAUUGAUAUAUUAGCUUCAAGAACAAACGGAGAAAUUUUCCAGAUGCGAGAAGCUUACUAUUUGCAAUACAGCCGUGAUCUUCAAGAGGACAUUUAUGCGGAGACCUCAGGGCACUUCAGAGACAUGCUUGUGAACUUGGUCCAGGGAACCAGAGAGGAAGGAUACACAGACCCCGCCAUGGCCGCCCAGGAUGCGAUGGUGCUGUGGGAGGCCUGCCAGCAGAGGACAGGAGAGCAUAAAACACUUUUACAAAUGAUCCUGUGCAACAAGAGCUACCAGCAGCUCUGGCUGGUUUUCCAGGAAUUUCAAAAUAUUUCUGGGCAAGACAUAGUAGAUGCCAUUAAUGAGUGUUAUGAUGGAUACUUUCAAGAGCUGCUGGUGGCAGUUGUUCUCUGUGUUCGUGACAAACCAGCCUAUUUUGCUUAUAGAUUAUAUAGUGCAAUCCAUGACUUUGGUUUCCAUAAUAGAACCGUGAUCAGGAUUCUAAUAGCCAGAAGUGAAAUAGACCUGAUGACCAUAAGGAAACGGUACAAAGAGCGAUAUGGGAAGUCCCUCUUUCAUGACAUCAGAAACUUCGCUUCAGGGCAUUAUGAGAAAGCCCUGCUUGCCAUCUGUGCUGGUGAUACAGACGAAUACUAAAUAAAGAGGAUUUGGAUGCACUCAUCUCCACGGAUACAUCAAAAUACAGAUUCUGUGAUUAGUUUGCAUUGUCAGUAGCAUUAUAACAAAACUGUAGAAUCAUAUUUUCUUUUCCAUCUUUAAAGUUAUCCUAAACCAAAGAAAACUCCAUUGAUAAAAAUAUAGAAAUUUGCAUAUAUUAUCUAAAUCAGCAAUUCGUUAAACUGCAUAAAAUGGAAUAAUGAAAGAAAUUACUGCAUUGAAAUAUAUUUUAUUUAAAUGUGAACCAUUAAUUCGCUAUGCGUGGGGUCUGCUUACAGCUGUCCUAGCAUGCUUUGGCCAUCCCCUCCCCCAUUCAAGACUCAAUCAAAUAAAGAAGUCAACAUGUAAACUGCUUUGAAAGAAAAUAAAGACACAAAACGGCAAAAUGCAGCCAGAUAGAUGCUUGUCAAGCUUAGACGUGACAGAGGCUUAGAGGUAAAAAUAGUCAGGUGUGUGCACAUCUGUGUAUACAUGUGUGCUGGGUGUGUAGU